AUGCUGGCACUCGUGCUGUCUCACAUGAACAGCCUGUACCGCGCUUCCAAGAGACUGCUGCGCACAACGCUCGAGCGACACCGUCUGUCUGAGAAGGAGGGCUCCGCCCGCCGCCCCGCCACGAUUUUCAGCCCAGCCUCGAAGACCAUCUCGAUGGUGAUGCCGGCGUACAACGAGGAGAACCGCAUGCCGUCUACGCUCGCGGAGACGCUCAACUACCUGGCGCAGCGCAGGAGUCGGCAGGGGGAGUCCUUCACGUACGAGAUCAUCGUCGUGAGCGACGGGUCGACCGACCAGACCACCAAGGUCGCCAUGGACUUCGCGGACAGGAUCGGGUACGACACGGUGCGCGUGCUGGAGCUGCCGCGGAACAUGGGCAAAGGUGCCGCAGUCAAGCAGGGCGUGCUGGCCGCCCGGGGCGAGCUGAUCCUCAUGGUGGACUCGGACGGUGCCACUGCGAUCGAGGACGUCGAGAAACUCGAGGCGGAGAUGGCGAGGGUGCUGGCGAGUGGCGCGUCCGCGGGCCCCGCUGGCGCGGAGACGGCGGUGGUGGAGCGGAAGCACGGCAUGGUGGUUGGGUCGCGCGCGCACCUGGAGGGCGCGGCGCUGGCGAAGCGAUCGUGGUAUCGGAACAUGCUGAUGCACGGGUUCCACCUGCUCGUUGUGCUGGUGGCCGGGCACGCCAUCAAGGACACGCAGUGCGGGUUCAAGCUCUUCACGCGCGACGCGGCGGCAGCGCUCUUCUCCAACAUGAAGCUGCAGCGGUGGUGCUUUGACGUGGAGCUCGUGCACCUCGCGCAACGCCUGCACGUGCCCGUGCGAGAGGUUGCGGUGAAUUGGACGGAGAUCCCCGGCUCGAAGAUCCGCGCGACGUCGAUGCUCAACAUGGCCUACGAGAUCGGGCUGCUGCUGCUCGGGUACACCAUCGUCGGCAACUGGCGGCCGCUGAAGCUCCCGCAGCUGCUCGGUGAGAGCGCGCCGGCGGGCAAGAAGGCCCAGUGA